AUGGCGGUUUACACUCAGAGCAAAGAGGCGAAUGCCUCUAUGGCAUUGGAUACAGGUGUCUUGACGCCUCCACCUUCACAGCGUCGUAAAGGCCGUGGUGUUAUUGUUGAUGUUUCACUGAACGAUGUUGGCCAACAGGUGUACGAAGUCCACGGCGUGGGUCACAAUACGAAAAAGAGAUCUAUGGAUUUACAACAGGAUGGUGUACUGCUGGAGGAUGAGCACAUUGCAAAGAGAAAGAGCUCAUCGCCACGCACAGUCCUCGGCACCAUAUCGCAAUCUUCUCUGAACAAGGACUCUGGAUGCAACAGCCACCGUGACGAGGAGAGCACAGGCGAAGAAGAACAUGGAGGAUCACCAUCUUCAACCCUGAAGCAUUCAUCAGCUGAUGAUAACAUCUGGAGCGAUGAAGUAGAGUCUGCUUUUGAAGAGGCGCUACGUAUGAUUCCGAAAAAUGGGCUGUCGAAGAUCAAAAUCAGCGGCAAAUCGUGUGGUCGGAAUGAACUCAUCUCUGAUUAUAUCUUGCAGAAGACUGGUAAAGUCAGAACCAGAAAACAAGUUUCGAGCCACAUCCAGGUAAUCAAGAACUUGAAAAGGAACACACAGAUUAUCGAGCUGAUUAACUCGGGACCUACCGACCCUGAUGCCUUGAAAAGGUUCGAUCAGGUGUUUACUGAGAUCUUUUUCCAAAAAUCUCUUGGUUCUAGUACUGAACGUAAAGAGUGCCACGAGCUAUCUACCCCAAAGAGUAGAAGCCGUACUCACAAGUCAAGAGACAGCUCCCCUGUGAGACGCCGUCGGAAACCAUACAUUGCUGUUGAACCUGCUUUAACGGAGUUCCAAAUGAAGAACAGUGAAGGGUUUGUCUUUACUUCUUUGCAACAGGAAGAACAACCUCCACUGAGACUCAAGAAGGAUGCAUGUGUUCAGAACAGAUUUCCAAGUCUCAACGAUUACUACAAGAAAGGCGAAGCACAAGAUAAACAGAUUCCAAUUAUACACAACCUGGUCAAGCUACAACUUUCGGAGGAAGCAUGCACUCCUCAGACAGAUUUGAAAGUGCAACUGAAAGGGUCAACCCGCGAUGAAAAGUCCUUCUCUUGUAAGACGGUGAUUUACUGUUACGGCAAUGAGGUUCUUAACAUUAACUCUGCUGCAACAGUUUUGAAACUUGUUAAGGAUAGCAAUACAAAGCUAAACAAUGUUACACUGUCAUUACCAUUUGCCGCGGAGUUUUGGGUGCAGUUCUUCAACAGCACUCACAACAAUAUCAAUAACGUUUCAAAUCCUAAGCAGAGCAGGACUCAAAAGGCUAUUGGAGUGAAGGGGUUAACGAUGAUGCAAUUGAUAUACCACAAGAAUUCCAAAGUUGGUUAUGAAAUGGAUGACAUCAAGGCCCUAAUUCUUUGGGAAUUCACAUUGGAAGGUUCCGACAAUGAAACAACAACGCGUCGUUUCUUCUUACCUGUUGAUGGUGUCUCUUCACCAGAACCAACGUUCUUGUCCAAUGUAUCAGAAUGUGAAACUGUUGAAGAACACCCUAAGGAACAGGAUGACACCAUUAGUAAUACCACUGUCUCGGACUUUGGAGGUAAAGUUGAUAGCACAUUAGUACCGGAUGAAUCUGUAUCACCGGGUUGCGAAAGCUACUCCUGUCGAGAUGCCACUGUUGGACCAAUCGUGGCACCUGCACAAAUACUAAGUAUGCCUGCACAAGUGCCAAACGUUGCUAUGCCAUAUACAAAUAUCCCAACAGAGAGUGCUUUUAUCCCCAUGCCCUCUCAUCAAUUGCCCCCAAGGGCAAACACUUUCCAGAACCUUUACGGUGAGUUAUCACCUCAGCCAAUACGUCGUAUGAUGAGCGAACCUGUUACUCAUUCCUGGAAUAGUGCGGCUAAUUUCCAUGGGGUAUUAUCAUCUGAAGGGUUCAACGGUGAUGAGUUUCAAGGCUUUAGUGGAGUUGAAAGUCAUCAACCAUCAGACCUUAACCCUGGAUUUACAGUGAUUGAUCAGAAUGAUCCACUAUUGCCGCAUGAGGUUAUGAUGCGGUGGUAA